CGUAUACACACGGGAGAGAAGCCUUACUCCUGCUCUGACUGUGGAAAGAGUUUCUCUGUACUGGAACACUUGAAAGCACAUGAACGCAUACAUACAGGUGAGAAGCCUUACUCCUGCUCUGAAUGUGUUAAAUGCUUCACAACAUCAACUGGGCUAAAAGUUCAUCAGAGAACACAUACAGGAGAGAAGCCUUACUCCUGCUCUGAUUGUGUAAAAUGCUUCUCAACAUCAUCUAGGCUAAAAGUUCAUCAGAGAACCCAUACAGGAGAGAAGCCUUACUUCUGCUCUGACUGUGCUGUGAGUUUCUCUCUACUGAGCCACUUAAAACGACAUACACAUAUACACACAGGAGAAAAGCCUUACUCCUGUUCUGACUGUGGAACGAGUUUCUCUCUACUGAGCCACUUAAAACGACAUACACAUAUACACACAGGAGAAAAGCCUUACUCCUGCUCUGACUGUGGAAAGAGUUUCUCUGUACUGGGUCACUUAAAAAGACACCGACAUGUACAUACGGGAGAGAAGCCUUAUUCCUGCUCUGACUGUGUAAAAUGCUUCACAACAUCAACUGAGCUAAAAGUUCAUCAGAGAACACACACAGGAGAGAAGCCUUACUCUUGCUCUGAUUGUGAAAAAUGUUUCACAACAUCAACUGGGCUAAAAGUUCAUCAGAGAAAACACACAGGAGAGAAGCCUUACUCCUGCUCUGAUUGUGUAAAAUUCUUCACAACAUCAACUGGGCUAAAAGUUCAUCAGAGAACACACACAGGAGAGAAGCCUUACUCUUGCUCUGACUGUGGAAAGGGUCUCUCUCGAAUGGGCCAGUUAAGAAGACACCAACGUAAACAUAAAGGAAAUAUGCCUUACCACUGAUCUGACUAGAAAAUGUUUUAAAACAACAGCUGAGCUAAAGGUUUAUCAAAGAACACACAGGAGAGAAGCCUUAUGUCUGCUCUCAAUGUGGCAAGAGUUUCUCCCAAUUGGGCAAUGUAAAAACACACCAACAGAUACACACUUAAGAGAAGCCUUAUCACUGCACUGACUGUGAGAAGAGAUUCUACAGAUUGGGCCAUUUAAAAAGACACCAAUGUAUACAUAAAGGAGAGAAGCCUCAUCAGUUCUCUCAGACCAGCUAAGAUUAAUCACGCCACUUAAUUAUCAUCUCAUAAAGUAAUUGGCAACGUUGAAUUGGCUCAAAUUAAGAAAGUGUAGAACACUCUAUUGUAAUCCUAUUGAUUCUCACUGUGAGAGAACUGUGCAGAGG